UGUCGGCCUCCUGUUGAAGCCGCAUGUUACAUUUCUCUAAAGGUUUCAGCUGUAUUUUCAUAUCUACGUUUGCAGAAUUAACGUGACAAUAUAAAACGUUUGUUUAUUUAAAGAUCGCCGUGAAAAUGUUAACAAUAUGACUGACGUUGUGCAAAAGGGCCACGGAUUGAGGUUUGCCGAGCAGCUGCUUAAGAGUCACGGCUGGAAAGAGGGUAAAGGACUGGGUCGGGAUGAGAACGGUAUAUCUGAACCCGUCAAGGUUAAAGUGAAAUGCAACAAAGGCGGGGUGGGCCACCAAGAAGGAGAGCAGUUCACUUUCCAGUGGUGGGAUCACGUCUUCAACAAGGCUUCAUCCAGCCUGCAGGUGGAAUCCCAUCAGGAUGGCAUUUCAUUAAAGAAGACUGAGAACGGUGAAGAAGAAGACGGUGGGGUGAUUUCUAACAAGAAGCCUCGGAAGGCCUCACUGGCUAAAGGCAAAAUCUACGGAAGCUUUGUCAAGUCGGCAACACUUCUGUCUGGUCAGCCAGGACGAGCAGUCGACAGUGAUAGCAGCAGCUCGGAGCAGGAGGAAGAUAAACUCGAUCUGUCUUCCAUUGCCAAGCUGUCUGAUUGCAACCUCAUGAAGGCUUGCGGAGGACGCACUGCCCACAAAGGAGCCAGACACGGCUUGAAGAUGAGCGCUAAGCUAGCCCGGCUGGAGCAGCAGGAGGCCGAAUUCAUGGCCAAAUACGGUAAAAAGACUGAGGACAGGAAGGAAGGAAUCAAGACUAAAAACGAGAAGACAUCCAAGGAGAAGACUGAAGAAUUAAAUGUCCACCACGUUUCACUUUCUGAACCGACUGACAUCAAAAUCAAAAAGAAGAAAAAGAAAAGGACAGAUGAAGAGGAGGAAACAACACGGGUCGAAAACGGUCACGAGAACCACAAGAGGAAGCAGAAAAAGAAGAAAAACGGAGAGUUUCCAAAUCCAGAGCUUGACGUCACUCCGCUGCGGGAAGAGAAGAAAAAGAGAGAGCAGCAAGUUUUAGAAGAAGAAACACAGCAGAGUAACCAUGUAGAGACGCUUGAACAUCAAGUGAAGAAGAAAAGAAAAAAGAGCAAAAAAGACUCAAACAUUUGCGAGGAGCCUCAAGCAUCACCUCCAACAAAGAAGAAGAAAAAGUCCAAAGAAUAACUUUUUGAAUUUGUCUCUCUGAUUUUUUUUAACACCCUAAAUAAAUCUUUGCUUCCA